GUUUAGCCUCUUUAGUGGCGGACCGACGCCAACGUCUCCUUCCUCUUCUCUGCGCUCGCCUUGCUCGACUCCAUCGACUGUCUUCUUCAUCUCUCUUGUCGGCUGUUGAAAACUCACAAAUAAUCGGCAUCAAGGGAGAUGGGUGCUAAGGAAAAGAAAGCUAUGAAGGAGAAAUUAAAGAAGGUGUCUCCUCAGUUAGUUUCCAGUCAGCAAAAGGAAUCUGCCGAUUUCUUGUCUUUAGAAGGUGUUCCUGCCAAAAAACUUCCUGUCAGUAAACCCCAGGAAAAGAAAGCUACAGUCUUAUACAUUGGUCGGAUACCACAUGGGUUCUACGAGAAUGAAAUGGAAGCCUACUUCCGGCAGUUUGGAACAAUCAAGAGAUUACGAAUUGCACGGAAUAAAAAGACUGGAAAAUCAAAACAUUUUGGAUUCAUAGAGUUCGAGGAUCCAGAGGUGGCAGAAGUUGUGGCAGAAUGUAUGCAUAACUAUUUGUUGUUUGAGCACCUUUUGCAAGUCCAUCUUAUAUCUCCCAAGCAUGUUCAUCCAAAGUUGUGGAAAGGUUUUAAUUACCGAUACAAGCCACUUGACUGGGUUGAAAUUGAGAGAAAGCGGCAUAACAAGGAAAAGACAUUGGAAGAGCACAGAAAAAUGGUGGGUCGGAUACUGAAGCAGGAUCGGAAACGACGGGAGAGGAUAGUUGCUGCUGGCAUUGAUUAUGAGUGCCCAGAAAUUGUAAGAAGGCCUAAUUGUUCAUUUCAUUGGCUAUUGGGAUAGUUAUUGAAUAAGAAU